AUGCCUUCCUGUUUCCCCUGCUCUAACUGGAGAAGUAUCGCGUUCACUUCAUUGUAUAAUCCCGAGCACUGUAUAUACAUGUCAUACAGUCACAUUCGGCCGACACCUAACAUUUUCGCCGUGCAACGCUUCUUUGUGGGUCCCCAUGAGAUGGAACAAUGUGAUCGAUUGGGAGUUUUGUUGGGGAUGGAACCAUCUACGUCUUGGGAAUCAGAUGGCUUUCUUGGCGCUCCCAUCCUUUUUCAUCCAUUCCAUGGUGAAAACAUCGAGCUUUUGGAACACAGAAGACGCGCUUUGCGGCGAGUUAGCUUUGAGAAGGGUAUAGUGUUCUCGGAGCGUGCCCUUUCGGAAGGAGAGUGCUUCUUCAUUUCUAUAGAGGGAGUGGAAGGAGGCUGGUCAGGUCAUUUAAGGAUUGGCUUAACCACAAUUAAUCCCGAAACAAGACCCUCAGUCAGAAAUCUCGACUCGAACUCCUGGCUUUUCUCUGUGUCGCCAGUCAUCGUCCCGUUUCGAAACUCAUUAACUGCUCGAUCACUUCCUACAGAGAAGGGAUCACUGAUAGGUGUGUACUACGAAAGGAACGCUGGGACACCGAGAAUUCAUGUUGUUCUGAAUGGCUUUGAUAUCUGUCCAAAUUUCGGCUCCAUUCCUUCUGAUCAACCCUUUUUCGCAAUUGUUGACGUGUUUGGAAGUACGAAGGAGGUUCGAGUUGUGUUCCCUGGUCCGCGUGUUCCUGCUCGUUUAUACAGCCUUUGUUCGGAUCGUUUGCGGUGUCUUUACAAUGAGAAGAAAUGUUCUCUGUCAAGUUUGCCUGCGCCUCUACGAAAUCAAUUACAACAAGAAUGGAACAGCGAAGCUAACGGUACCUCGUACUAUGAUUGGGAAGGAGUGCGAUAA